AUGGAGCCCAGGAAACCGCUACGAGCGAGUCUAACUUUGCUUAUCCUGGUAACCGGCGGCUACGGAGGAAACCUACCAUCAGGGCCCAAUCUGAAAAUUGACCAGGCUCUGUUAACAUUCCAUAACCAGCUGACCGAAGAGGUGCAGGUCUUCUACACGUCAGACUACUGCUACAAGUGUGUGUACCAGCAGUUGCUUUCUGUGAAACCCAACAACAACAACGCAUCGGCGGUGGUCAGCACUAAAUUCACCCUGACUCUGCGAGACCCAGCAGAGGCUUGUGAAGCUGAGCGCAACACCACGAAAGCUAAAUCAGCACGCCUGCUCUCACUGGACACUUUCCGAGGGUUCGCCCUGACGGUGAUGGUGUUUGUGAACUAUGGAGGAGGAGGCUACUGGUUCUUUCAACAUGCACCAUGGAAUGGUCUCACUGUGGCAGAUCUUGUCAUGCCAUGGUUUGUGUUUGUUAUCGGCACCUCGGUGGUGUUGGCUUUCAGAUCCAUGCAGAGGAGAGGAGUUAGCCGGCGGCAGCUGCUCCGCAAGAUGACCUGGAGAACGGUCGUCCUCCUGAUGCUCGGCUUCUGCUUCCUGAACUACUCUCCGCGAGACGGGCCACUGUCCUGGUCCUGGCUGAGGAUCCCUGGAGUGCUGCAGCGUCUGGGCUUCACCUACUUUGUUCUGUCUCUCCUGCAGACUUUCUGGGGCCAGAAAGAAAUCCCACUGGGAGCGACUCCGUGGUGGAAACCCGUCCAGGAUGUGGUCCUUUACUGGCCACAGUGGCUGAUUAUCAUCCUGCUAGAGGCUGUGUGGCUGUGCACCACUUUUCUCAUGCCCGUACCCAACUGCCCCACAGGGUAUUUGGGAGCUGGUGGAAUCGGGGAUGACGGUCUUUACGCAAACUGCACUGGAGGCGCAGCCGGUUACAUUGACAGCUGGAUGUUCGGCGAUAACAUGUACAGAUACCCCUCAUGCAAAGAAAUGUACCGCACCACGCAGCCCUUCGACCCCGAGGGUGUUCUGGGUACAAUCAACUCCAUUGUCAUGGGAUUCCUGGGGAUGCAGGCCGGGAAAAUCAUCAUUUUCUACAAGGGGAAGAACAUCAGCAUCCUCUGUCGAUUCCUAGUGUGGGCCGUCCUCCUGGGAAUCUCUGCAGCCAUCCUUUCUAAGUGCACACGAGACGGAGGAUUUAUACCUGUCAAUAAAAACCUUUGGUCCUUGUCCUAUGUGACGUGUAUGGGCUGUUCCUCCUUCCUGCUGCUGGGAGGCAUGUACUUUGUCAUCGAUAUGAAGGGCUGGUGGGGCGGACAGCCAUUCAUAUACCCAGGGAUGAACUCCAUCUUUGUAUAUGUUGGCCACUCUCUCCUGGGUUUCUACUUCCCGUUCAGCUGGGAGAUGCGCUUCCAGCACAGCCACUGGGAGUGGCUCUUCCAAAGCCUGUGGGCAACUGCUCUGUGGGUGCUCAUCGCAUACCUGCUGUACAGGAAGAAAUUCUUCCUCAAAAUAUAA